AUGGCACAAUGCGACAUACAAUUUCAUCAGUACUAUCCUAAGUUUCAAAAAAAAACUGCGAUUAUCUUAUGCCGAUUUCAAGAGAAUUUUGUUGCAAUUGUGACCCAAAUUACUAGCUACGAAUACAUUGCUUCUGUGGUGUGCUUCUUGAUAAAUAUAGUUCACAUUCUUGUUCUAACAAGAAAAUCAAUGAGAACGUCUUGUAUCAACAUAACCAUGACAGCAGUUGCUAUUUACGAUAUUUUCUCAUUUUUUUCAACUUUCGAAGUCACUGCCAUUGAAAUUAUCUCUCGGUAUUCAAAAUGUUUCAAUACUAUGUCCUAUCAUUUAGUGUCGGUCGAUUUGCUCCUAUACUUGGUUAAUCAAUACGCCCGCCGAUGUUCUACGUGGCUCUUAUUCAGCGUUGCAGUCAUUCGAACGCUAGUUCUUCGAAAUCCCAUGAAUCCUAAAUAUACUGAACUAUCGAAGCCAUCUACUGCACUACGUGUGAUUUUCGGAGUUUCCGCCAUCUGCAUAAUUUUUUCAAUUAGUACAGUUUUCGAGAACGAUGUUGGAGUUGUUGGAAAACAACCAUCAAAAUGUAGUUCACAUGGUGUUUUAAUGUAUGCAUUUACUAUCAGUGAUUUAUUCUUGUUAAAUGACGGACUUUUACUGAAAGUUUCCACAUUCACCGCAGCGAUUGUUUCACAUAUCAUCCCAUGCAUAAUCUUCCCAAUCAUCACUGUUUUACUAGUAAAAGAAUUAAGAAAAACUGAUGAAAGACGGAAAAACUCAACAUCUUCCAAGAAAAUCACAGAUUCUCGAAAAACAACAAAGUUGGUUUUCUAUAACACAAUCCUAUUCCUUAUCGCUGAGUUUCCUCUUGGUGUGAGCAUGGCAAUUACCUGGUUUUUUGUAGAUGUUCCCGGAUUGCAACUAAUUUGCAACCACUGCCUAUUUCUUUUUUCCAUGAUUUUGACAAUUAACACAUGCUCCCAUUUUAUUAUCUCCAUGCUAAUGUCAUCUCAAUACCGGAAAACUGCGAUGAACUUGUUUUCAAUCGAAUAA